AGAAAGUUUUUUUGGGGGGGAGGGCGGGAUGUUGCUCAUUGGCCGGAGGGAUGAGUAAGGCUGGGUAGAGGGCCCCAUUCCGGGGUCUCCCGGCCAAUCGGGAAGGUGAGGGGGGGGGGCGGGGUCCGUCGUUGUUGUGGUGCCGCGCGCGUGUUACCUGGCGGCUGGUCUUUUGCCGCAGUGGUUCUGUGAGGAGACCCCCCCUCCAAUUGGCAGGUGCAGCCAUGCAGGAAAGCAUCCGUUUUGCUAGGAGAUGAUGAUGUUAAAAUAUGGGACUCCUCAUCUAUAACUGUAGUAGAGCAGUUCAGUCCACAUAGCGCCUCACAUCCAGUGAGCUCUGUGUGCUGGGGCAGCAAUAAUAACUUUCUGGUCACCGCAUCUGCUCUUGGUGAUAAAAUAGUGAUUUCCAAUUGUAAAGGUAAACCGGUCCCACUGUUUGAACUAGCUGAAGGGGCAAAACAAACAUGUGUAAGUCUCAGUUCCAAUUCAAUGUAUAUUGCAAGUGGAGGCAUUGAUAGCACGGUUAAUAUCUGGGAUUUAAAGUACCGAAAGCUUUACAGAUCUCUUAAGGAUCACAGAGAUGAAAUAACUUGUGUAACAUUUAAUUGGAAUGAUUGCUACAUUGCUUCAGGGUCCAUGAGUGGUGAAAUUAUCCUACAUAGUCUUACUACGAAUUUAUCCAGCACUCCAUUUGGACAUGGUAGCACGCAGCCCAUUCGGAACUUGAAGUAUUCCCCCUUUAAAAAGGCUUUGUUGGGCAGUGUCUCUGACAGUGGGACUGUCACUCUGUGGGAUGUAAACAGUCAAAGCCCAUAUCAUAUAUUUGAAAAUGCUCAUAAAGCUCCCGCGUAUGAAAUUUGUUUUUCUCCAAUCAGUGAGCUGCUACUUGUAACUGUAGGCCUGGAUAAAAGAAUAAUUCUGUAUGACACUGCAAGUAAAAAGCAGUUGCGGACAUUGGUAGCAGAAUCUCCUCUGACUGCAGUAGACUUCAUGCCUGAAGGAACUACCCUUGCAAUUGGAUCUUCUCGUGGAAAGAUUUACCAUUAUGAUCUUAGAAAACUGACAGCACCUGUAAAGUCAGUCAGUGCUCACAGAACCUCUGUGAAAUGUAUAGCACUGCAGUACUGUAGUAGCUUUUCAAAGCCUAGUCUCAAAACAUCUUCAAAUAAACAGGUAAACAAAAGAUCUGAUAUCAAAAUGGCAAAUAGCACUGCAGGACAUCAGAAUGCUGGUAUGAUCAAAGCUGUUUCUUCUAAUAUACCUGCUACAUUCUUGCCCCAGUCUACGCCGAUGGUGGAGAGUAAAGGAAUAGAUACCAUUCAGGAUAAAUCAGGAGUUCCUCGCAGCAGCAGUUUGGAUGUAAUUCCUUCCAAAGAAAUUGAUCAAGGGAAUACUUCUAAUCUAACUAAUUUUGAAGAUGUGGGGAGAAAUAGUUUAGGUGACUUGUUUUCUCCCCUUCGAGAUGAUGUUGCAGCUUGUAAAACAAGUGAAGAUGCUUCAGGAAAGGGUGACGGUUUGGAUUUUCAGUCUUACCUUUCAAGUUUGGAUUUUCUUUCUCAAUUCAACACAUUUCCUUCAAGAAAAAUCCCAGCAGGGUCUGCCUCGCAAAUAGUACAUUCUAGUCCACUUAAUGUGUUUGUUGGCUCACCUAUUAAAGAGGAGGAUGAGAAUCCAAAUCUGGAUCUUGAUGCUAGGAAAUCAAAUCUUGGAAGACAGGAGUUGAGAGAACACUUGAAACAGUUGAGCUCCUCGAGUGCUGAUUCUGGAAGUCUAAGUAGUCCCCCACUGGUCAAUAUAGUCAAGAGUUCUGAUUCCAGAGAGAGAUUUAGUAAGAACAUUCAGGGACAACUGACAUACGAAUCACCCAUGAAUGGUACUACCUCAGCAAGUCCAAAGAUAACUUCUACAGUAGCUGCAGGAGUUGCGAAUUCACUGUCUGAAAAAAUAGUAGAUACUAUUGGAAGCGGCAGAUUGAAUGCACCUUUAUCAUCAGUUCAAAUUCAUUUUAUUCAGAAUAUGAUACAAGAAACUCUGGAGGAUUUCAGGGAAGCUUGUCAUCGCGACAUUGUGAAUCUGCAAGUGGAGAUGAUCAAGCAGUUUCAUACACAGCUGAAUGAAAUGCAUGCCUUACUUGAAAGAUACUCUAUAAAUGAAAGCUUAGUAACUGAAAUUGAGAGAUUACGUGAAGAAAAUAAGAGACUGCAGGCCCACUUCUGACAAGUCCCUCUUCAUGCCAGGAAAAUUAGCUGAACUCGAUCAUUGUGCUUGAUGAGGGAUCGUACUGUCAUCUGGUCAACACUGAAUUACUGUAAAUUUUACUCAGCAUUAAGGAACUUUUAAAAAUGGUAGAAAAGAUACUAGGUAACAGAUUAAUACAGAAAAAAAUAUGCACUAAUGUUUUGUAUCAGUAUUUUCAUUGGUAAACUUGAAAUACAUUGGUUGUAUAAAAGUAUCUAACAGGAGCAACGUUGUUAACCAGAAUUUUAGCUGUAUACGAAGUGCCUUUUUAUUAAUGGGAAACUGAACAGGAAAUGUAUUUUCUAUAAAAAUUUAUCUACCUUCCCCAUUUCCUGAUAAUUUUUUUUCAAAAUGUCAUCUAUUUUUGUGGUGAAGUCUUUCUAAGAGUCAUGUAUUCUUUUUGGCUGGAAAACACUCUUAUGUCUGGCCUGACAGGAGGGAUGCUCUUUGCCACUGACUUUUUCCUAUGUUGCUUUGUAAGUACAGAGUGCAAUUUUAGGAAUUUUUUUUGUUACAACUGAGUUACAUAUUAGUCUGCAUAAGUACAUAAUUUAAUGGCACACUGAUUAACUUAGAGUUAAUAAAUAGAAUUUGGACUUUGGUAUCUUUUGAGUAAAUAUACUUGGCUAAUAAUAUUAUCAUAUUAAUGGGUUUCAGUAUGAUUCUCAAGAUGUUCUUCUGGCAGAAACGUGGUUGUCUUCCAUGGGAGUAUUCACCGAAGCCAAGUUGAAAAACAUAAGCAUCACUGCCUUCCCGCAAAUCUGUCUGAAAGGAUGUAUUUAUUGUCUUCUACCCCUUUAUGACUGGUUUAUGUCUCUUGUCAAAGUGGAAUACCAAAUUGAUAAAGUUUGUCUUGCCAUAUUUUCCUUUUUAACUGCAUUUUGUAAGUAAUGGACAUAAACCAUUACUGCUGUAAAUGCUGUUGUUGACUUUAUCGGGCUUUACUGGACUAUUUUUUCCCCAUUAUGAAUCGACACUCAAUGGUUUCCCUUGAGGCAGAUAUCCAUGUGCAGCUUGUUCAGAUAAUAGACAAAGCUUUGUAAAAAGGGAAGAGAGGUUAGCCUAGGCUUAGAUUAUGUUUUGAACUAUUUAAGACUCUAGAUUUCAUUUGAAACUAUCCCUCAAACUGACUGGAAAAACAUAUUUUGAGAAAUUUUUAUGAAUCUAACCUAAGAAACAGCUUUCCAAUCAUUGAAGUUUUUGCCUCAGGGAAGAAUCUAGAUAGAGACCUCUAAUCAUUUCUAAUACUCAGCUUCCUCACAUGGCUAAUCAGCAGCAUCACAAUGAGGAAAAGACUUUAGGUUUGGAUCAUGUUAUUAGCUUUUAAUCUCUUCUAGCCAUUUGAAUAAGCACAAAAAUAUGCAGCCCACAACUUGCUGUCGUCUCUUAACCAUCAGAGGGUAACAUAACAUGAGUGAAAGACUGCGUUGCCACUUUCAUUGCAACAUAACAUGUUUUUUGUACAAAUAGCAGAAUAUUGAUAAUUAAAUUUAUAAACAAACAUUAUUGGUUUUAAGUUCUGUUACUAAAAGAAAAUGCUGUAUGGUUUGCUUUGGUAUUACUGAAGGGGAAAAUAUCUUAGUGCAGCUUAUGGUAUUGUCCUUGAAUAAACAGUGGCCACAAAAUGCUUACAAUGGGCUAAAUCUUUUAACAAUCACUCAGUGUAGGCCAUGCUCUGGAAACCUAUAUGGCCAGCUGUCUGAGUGCAGGGGAUCCAUCUUCCUUCAUUUCCUCCCAGAAGUCCCACAAUGCUUGACAAGUCUGAGUUUCCAUAGUGAUUUGUGUAGUGCAUGGAACUGUUUUUAGGUGGUAGAAAGUGGAAAGCUCUGGCAUGUAUAUGUGAGCUCUAGGGAACUUUCUGAAUAGUGGACCCAUCAUUCAGGUGGCUGUCUAAAGCUCAGAUAAAUUAGCAUUGAUUUAACUGUGAGAUUAGAAGAAUGCUAAGGUAUUUCAUCUGUAGAGAUAGCUGUAACAUGCCGAGUAAGAUGGGAAUUUGCAGGUUUCUGACCAAGCCUGGGCUUUUGGGGGCUCUGACCCCUUUCUUAAAGGCACAG